GAUGGAAAAAAGAAAAAGAAGCCGAAAAAGAGUAUUAAUUAUAACAGCUGACGAUUUUGGGUAUUGUCCUAAACGUGAUAGAGGUAUCUUUGAGCUGUUUUUGGAAAAAAAAAUCAGUCGAACAUCUGUUCUAUUGAGCGGCUACUCUUCUCGGCAUGCAUUAGAUGUUGCAGGGAAAAAAUCAUAUAGUGUUGGCUUACAUCUAAAUCUAACCGAAGGAUAUCCGAUUGGAGUUUCCUCAUUCGAGUCGUCCCUUACAAAUGAAUGGGGCGAAUUCCUUGCCAAAGCUGAUUUUGCAUCGGCCCUUGCUAAUGGGCUAAUUUCUGAUAAAGAUUUAAAGUUAGAGAUUACAGAACAAAUUCGUGCGUUCCGAAGGAUAUCUCAUGACCAUAACCUACCAGUUCAUAUAGAUGGUCAUCAACAUGUUCAUGUUUUGCCGGAAGUAUCCAGAAUUUUAGAUACUGUCUUGGACGAUCUAGGAAUGACAAAUGUUUCUAUUCGCUAUCCUUUUGAGCUAUUGUCUGACGUUGACUGGGUCAAAGAAGAAAAUUUACAAUUUUACCGUUCGGUUUCUAGUCUAGCCACUGCUUGCCAAAGUUUUUUUAAUAAGUAUAGACAUCCGGACGGGUUUAUCGGAAUGUCUAUAAUGGGAUCAAAUAUGACACUAGCUAGGCUUCGCGCAAAACUUGAAGAAACAUACAAUUACUUAAAUUCUACACUUGAUAAAGAUGUAGCUGUAGUAGAGCUCAUGGUACAUCCUGGCUAUAAAAGUCUCAGCCAUGUCGGAGGAUGCGGAUUCCUCGGACCUGAUCAGUUUUCAAUGUCAGUUGAAAGAGAACACGAAUUAAACCUCUUGAAAAGUCCCGAAUUUAGUGAAAUACUCGAAGAACUUGGUAUUCAGUUGGCGCAUAGUGAAAAUGUCUCCAAUUUUUUGUGA